AAAUAGUUUAUUGCUGUAAAUUGUCAUCGACAAUAGUGUCAGUGUGUCACACAAGUGGUCCAUUGGAUUAUUUCUGAUUUGUUUUACUUUCAUUAGUUGGAUGAUUAAAGCCAUGACAUGAAAGUUUUUCUAAUUACCCCCGUAUCUAUGAAAAACUUUAAAUAUAGUUAUCUUUAUGACGACAGAAAUAUACGCUUCAGUAAUAUGCAAACGGCAGAAAAAUGCCUGACGAAGGCUCUCCGUACAACACUUGUUGUUUUGUUUGUGCUGCAACUGCUCAGCACAGUAGAACGCCAAGUAUUUGACUUUUUGGGCUACAUGUGGGCACCCAUCAUCGGAAACUUCUUUCAAAUCAUUGUUGUCAUACUUGGCAUAUUUGGAGCUUGUAAUUUUUACAGAUCUUUCAUUGUUGUGUAUGCUACAUGGAAUUUACUUUGGCUUGGGUGGAAUAUUUUUGUGAUCUGUUUAUAUCUGGAGGUUGGAAUACUCAACAGAAAUCAAGGACGCUAUAUUUUAACCAUUGGUACUGAAAGUAAAAGCUGGUGGUUGGAGCAUGGAAUUGGCUGUGAGGUGACCAACUCCAGCUGGGAGGAGGAAGAAAUAGAAGUAGAAUCUGGACGCAAAAUACCGCCAGAGUCUUUUGUAGUGGGCUGUAUAUUACAGUACUACUACGUGGAGGUGAUCCAUGCUGCUAUCCAGUGUUUGUUGUCUCUUGGUGGAUUUAUUGCAUCCUGUGUUUGCAUAUACUCCUAUAUUGAAGAAGAUGACCCAAUGAGCUCAGCCAAUGAUGAGUUAGAGUUUGUGAAAAUGCGCUAUAGAACACCAACACAUGUUUCUGCAUUUCAUAACGAGCGUGAGGACAUGGCAUUUGAUAACAUCAACCUCACCACAGAGCUUUCUCCACAUUCCUCUCCCGGGCCUAGGCAAAGAGGAGAACGUGAAAUGCCCCCAAGCUAUGAUUCAACCAUGAGGAAUAAUGCCACGGCUGCUGCCAACCACUACUAUGCCUCCGAGAGGCAGAGCAUCCGCAGCAAGGCCAGCACCCGCUCCAAACGGUCCACCCACAGGCAAGUCAGCGGUAACAGUAACAGCGCCACAUACAGCGAGCCGGUAAGGGACUUGCCCUGGGUGCAGAUCACUCCUUUGAGUGAUAGUCACAUGAUUCGACAUUACCCUUGAACACUGGAUAUAUAUUUUUUGGAUUUAUACAUUGUCAUUUCUUGUACACUGAAACAAAAAUGUGAGUACUGAUAUUUCAUUCUUUCUGCUCAAAUUUAUUUUAAUAAGUUUGGUGCUAUUGUGGGUUAUUUUGUAAAAGGCAUUGAAGCAAUGUUUCAUUCUUCAAUUUUUGCAAGUUUUGCUUUAAAAUUCUUUUAGUCUGCAUAUUUAAUAUAUUGAACAUAGGAAUUUUUUUAAGCUUAAAAGUUUUUUUGUUUUUUUUUUCUGAAAUUUAUGUUAAUUUUUCCAAGGAUAGCAACAAAUAUUGUUAUUCAAUAAAUCUCUUUCUGUUUGUCCAUAAAUCGGUGGACAUCUCAGAAGUGGUGUCAGACUUUCAUUGACAUAAAAUUGUGUACAUAUUUUUUCUUUUUUUAUAUCAGCACAUAUAUUUCAGCAAGUGCUAAAUAGUUUCUUUUAUGCAAACCUUAUGGAUGUGAAUAAAACAAUUUGUACAAUAGAAAGUUUGUGAAGUUGUGAAGGGCCCAUCAUUGCAAACAAAUCUCUUGUCCAUGUAUGUUGAUAAUGUUUUUUGUUGAUGUCUGCAAUUUGUAAAUUUUGUUGUUGUUGUAAUCAUUGUUCAUACAAAUAUUGCAGAAAAGGCGCUAUUCAUCUCAAUCCCUUGAGGAUAAAUAUAAGAAACUAUAAAUUGUACUGCUUUCAUUUUGAACAAUGCCAAGAAUCUCUCAUUCAUAUUUAUUAUUUUCUUAAAUUUGUAUUGGAAUUCCAUUUAACUUGAAAGUUGUUAUUGAGGGUGCAGUGAUCAUACUCUAUUUAUAAUUAACUUUUAAAAAGUUAUUCUACUUUUUAAUGAUGUUUGUAAACAUUCCAAGAAAACUAAAAAGUGAACCUAUAGAUAUAUUUUAUGAACAACUUAUAUUUAUUAUGCUUGAAUCAAUUGGAUAAAUUGUGAAUGUAGAAUUCAAAUCUAUGUGUUUGAUAAAUAUAUUAAUAAAAAUGACAUUUUAAUUUCUUUUUAGUGAAAACAAUUACUCAAAAAAUUUAACAAACAGAAAAAUUUUUUUUUUUAAAGAAAAUGUUGCUUCUUAAGGAAGCCGGAUUGCUAGCUAUCUAUUAAUUGUGGUAUUACCAUUGUAGAGAUGUCAUUUUUUUUUAAAGAGAACUAGGUUCUGUCUCAGGAAAUUGUACUUGUGAUAAAAGCUUCAAAUUGAUACAAAAUUCACUCUCUUCUGUACAAAUUUGGAACGUUAUAUUUGUGAAAAUUGAUUUCUAAGAUGAAAAUAUAUUUAUUACAUUGUUACCAAAAACUUCAUAAUUAUCAGGUGGUGUGUGUGUGUGUUUGUUUACCUACAAAGAUUAAGUUUGUGUUGAAAACAGAUUGAUACGUAUACAUAUUUGAACUACUUAAGUCAUGUAUAAUGCAAUACAGAGGGUGACUCCACAUGAUACAUAAAUACAACACACCAGUUUUUUCUCCUAACUUCUUUCUUAAUUAACAAGUCUUCUUAUUUUCUAAUUUGUUGCAUCAAGAUAAGCAGUCAAGCAUUUCAAGGUCUUUUUUCAAUAAUUGGCAUGUACAUGUUCUCUAAUCUCUAUUAUAUAUAUAUAUAUGUUGAGUUCUGCUAGGUGACUUUGAUCAGUGCUAGGUGCUGAAUUAUUCUGUUGUCUUGUACAUUCUUGGUCCUCUUCUUGUAAUAUGUGCAAUUAACUUUUCUUUUAACUAUCCUUCAGUCAUUGUAAGUCACUAAUUUGAGAAACACAGUUCAACCCUACAAAAUUACAUUGCUGUUGUCUCUUCAUGUUUGGGUGUUAGAACUGAUCUUCAGUGGUGAAGAUAAUUUGUUUGCUUGUGUGUAUAUUGUUUAAGUGAUGAAUAAAAGUAAAUUGUUAAAACACUUAGAUUUUUGUUUUUAAUGUAUAUUAUAAUGACCUCUUAUGGGUUAGAUGUUUAUUUAAAAUUAAAUAUUUUUUUUAGAUAACGAUAUAGGUUGGUAAACCUUCUUUCUAUAAUGCUAAUCUCUUAUCGGUUUCAGGCUGAACAGAGCUAAAUCUGCACAUAAGGCAACAUAUUGCAAAAUAUUUCAAUGCUUAAAAAUAAACACUGUACUAGUUUUUAGAAAAAUGUCAAUAUUAAAUGUAAACAGAAUCCCCUUUUUUAUUUUAUUUUUAGAUUCUAUUUUGUUACAAUUUUCUCCUAGACCAACACCAGAACCUAAAAUAAUGGUCUAAUUUAUUAUGCUAAUAUUUAGCCAUGUUGAACCUGAAAAUAUAAACUUCUUUCCUGCAUUUCAGUCUUUACAUCUUUCUUGUUUCACUUUCACCUCAACUUUUGCUGUGCUUUCAUCAUUAGUAUAAUGACAAGACUCUCACUAGUACUAGUGUGUUAACAAGUUUGCUUUUUUUUUUUUUUUUUUUCUACUUACCCCAGCUUGCAUCUGAUGCACAUUAUAUUUUGUUUAGAAACAUUUUUUUUAGUCAUUGAAAGAUUUAGGAAUAGGCAUAUAUAUAUAUUAGUUUAUUUAAGAUGUUAUUGUAAUUACUUUGUUAACCUUUACUAUUAUAAUACAUCAUGACUGUCACUCUUACAGUACAAGAGUAUAGGAUGCAUUAAUGUAAUGAUAGUUUUUGUCUCCCUUUAUUUUUGCUUUAUAAAGAGAGAUGCUAGGAAAUGUAUUGUGAUCCAACUGUAUUAAAACCAAUUAAAAGAUGGUAAUGUGUUAGAUAAUCUAAAAGGUCAGGUGUUGAUUAUUUAAUUAACCAUUGAUUUUGGUAGUAAGUCUAUCAACCUACUUUCUUUAAAUGUGCUCUACUAUGUCUAUGCCACACAAAAGUUUUUUUUUUUUUUUUUGGAGUGACUGAUAAUGAGUGCAAAUUGAACUAAGUUAAUAUUUAUGUUGUUUGUUAUUUAAACUUUCCAAGCAAAACAUGUACAUUUUAUGUCAAAAAGAUGUUUUAUGGUUGACUUAUAAGUGUGAAUAAUAGAUUUCUACAGUUUGCAAAUUGUUUUGUAUAUAAACUGAACUCAUUAUGCAUUGCUGAUAUCAACAUAGACCUGUCAAUAAAGAAAUGAACUGAA